AUGGAGUUGUUGAACAGAGCUUUGAAUCUGGUGGUGCCGCCGGCAAGUUUGAUGAUGAUGGCAUUUGCGUGGCCAACUCUCUACUUCAUCAGCUGCUGCGAGUGGAUUUACACCACCUAUUUCAACCGUCAGACCGUCGAAAAUAAGGUCGUCGUCAUCACCGGCGCUUCCUCCGGGAUCGGAGAGCAAAUCGCGUAUGAGUAUGCGAAGAGAGGCGCAAAUCUUGUGCUAGUCGCACGAAGAGACCACAGGCUACGAGCAAUAAGCGACAAUGCCAGAAGAUUCGGAGCACCACAUGUCUUGACAAUAGCUGCUGAUGUUGUGAAGGAAGACGAAUGUCGGAGAUUCAUCAACGAGACCAUCAACUGCUUCGGACGAGUGGAUCAUCUAGUGAAUACAGUCACAUUAGGACAUACUUUCUAUUUCGAGGAAGCCACGGAUUCGAAUCUGUUUCCCAUUAUAAUGGAUAUAAAUUUUUGGGGCAAUGUGUAUCCGACGUAUGUGGCACUGCCGUAUUUGCGUGAGAGUAACGGCCGUAUAGUAGUGAACACCUCGGUCGAGAACUGGCUGCCUUUGCCUAGGAUGAGCUUGUAUUCUGCUGCGAAAUCGGCCCUCAUGAACUUCUACGAGACACUGAGGUUCGAGCUGAAGGACGAGGUGGGGAUAACCGUCGCCACGCACGGCUGGAUUGGGACAGAGAUGAGGAGGGGCAAGUUCGUGAUGGAGGACGGUGCCGAGAUGCAAUGGAAGGAAGAAAGAGAAGCCAAUGUACGAGGCGGUCCGGUGGAGGAGUUCGCGAAGCACAUCGUCUCGGGAGCGUGCAGAGGGGACCCGUACGUGAAGUAUCCGAGCUGGUACGACGUAUUCUUCCUCUACAGAGUGUUUGCGCCCAAAGUCCUGCACUGGACCUUCCGGUUCCUCUUGACCGACGGUGGAGCCGCCCGGACGACCUCCUUCAUAGGCACCGGACGGCCCCUUCUAGAGCCGUCCUCUCCCCAGAGGAUUGGAAGUCCUCUCCUCGAGGCCGCCUCCCCAAGGAGAUUUCUUGGAAGCCCCGAGGGGGCUUCCAAGCCAUCAAACAGUCGGAGAAUGUCGUUCUCCGAUUGA